GCACUUUAAGAGCACCCUGGGAAGCUGUAACCUGAAGCCUGCUGAAGGCUGGGCUGGGGAGGCAGCAAAAAGCAGAUGUGGCUGCGCUGAGCCCGCACUGUCCCCGGCUCACACUCACUGGGAUCCUGCGGUAGUGGCGGCCGAGAGGAGCCCAAGGUUCAGGCAUGCAGAUUCCAGCGGUUCUCCUUCUCCUGGGUCUUCUAACUGUCCCAAGUAAAUCUCAGAACUCACCGACUGGGCAGAACUCUCCCACCACUGACGGAACUAAUGUCGGUGAGGUUGAAGAGGAAGAUCCAUUCUAUAAAAGCCCUGUAAACAAGCUGGCAGCUGCAGUCUCCAACUUUGGCUAUGACCUAUACCGCCAGCAAUCCAGCCGGACAGCCACUGCCAACGUGCUGCUGUCUCCAUUCAGCCUGGCUACUGCUCUUUCUGGUCUCUCACUCGGGGCUGGAGAACGAACAGAAGAUGUGAUUUCUCGUGCCCUCUUCUAUGACCUACUUAACAAAGCUGAGGUCCACGACACCUACAAGGACCUACUGGCCAGUGUGACUGGGCCAGAGAAGAGCCUGAAAAGCGCCUCCCGCAUCGUCGUGGAGAAAAGACUGAGGGUGAAAUCUACUUUUCACAGCCAACUAGAGAAGUCCUACAAAAUGCGUCUGAGGGCGCUGAGUGGCAAUACCCAGUUAGACCUUCAAGAAAUCAACAACUGGGUAAGGCAGCAGACAAGGGGAAGGAUUCUGCGGUUCAUGAAAGACAUGCCCACAGAUGUCAGUAUUCUCCUCGCUGGGGCUGCUUACUUCAAGGGGACUUGGAAAACCAAGUUUGACACCAAGAGGACUGUCCUGAAGGACUUCCAUCUGGAUGAGGACAGAACUGUGAAAGUGUCCAUGAUGUCAGACCCCAAAGCCAUACUGCGAUACGGUUUUGACUCAGAGCUCAACUGCAAGAUUGCCCAGCUGCCACUGACAGAAGGAGUCAGCGCCAUGUUCUUCCUGCCUACGAAGGUGACCCAGAAUAUGACUCUGAUUGAGGAAAGCCUCACUUCUGAGUUUAUUCACGAUGUAGACAAGGAGCUGAAGACAGUCCAUGCUGUGCUAAGCUUACCCAAACUGAAGCUGAACUAUGAAGAGGCACUUGGCAACACUGUAAAGGAGACAAGGCUCCAAUCACUUUUCACAUCACCUGACUUUACUAAGAUUUCUGCCAAACCUAUUAAGCUAUCUCAUGUGCAACACAAGGCAAUUCUGGAGCUUAAUGAAGAUGGGGAAAAAUCCACACCAAAUCCUGGGGUGAAUGCUGCUCGUCUGACCUUCCCCAUAGAGUAUCACGUGGACAGACCAUUUCUUCUUGUGCUGCGAGACGAUACCACUGGAACUCUCCUCUUCAUUGGCAAAAUCCUGGACCCCAGAAGCGUUUAGAUCUCUUCACAGUAAUCUACAGUCGUAGUGUGCUCGAGGGGAAAAGGUGGUACUGGGAGAGAUACUGGCUCCCUGCUCUGCUGCACAAAGACACAACUUGCAAAUCUUAUGCCUUUAUGCUGCAAUAAAAGAGCUUUUGCUAUUACUCUCCACAA